AGCACUGAAACACCAAUGCCUGACAUAGUGCCCACCGAACUAACAUUGACCCCUGUAAGUCUGAACGCCACUACAGUACACAGGAGCACAGCUGCGCCAUCGGCCGAAAGUUCAUCCACCGAAGCGACGUUAUUUGCGAGUACUUCCGGCGCACUCACAGAACAGUCUCUCAACCAAAAUGCACCUGGUGAGUUUCCUGUUUCUGCAGAGACGCCACAAGUUCUGGCUGAAAAUGAUGGCGUAACUACCCACUUUGUUAACGAAAGCAAACCCGGACUCGGCGCAGCGCUGGCAGAAGUUCCGUCAAGGGUCGUAAUCAAUUCAAGUGAAGCAGCACAUGACGUAGCUUCAAUAGAAAACGUGCCGACAAACCAAGGUUUGGCCCCUGAACCAAGUGAAGGUUCGCUGCUCGGCAAAAUUAGCACAAACGCAGGGGCUGCACAAGGAGUCAGUACCGAGGCGCCGUCACUUACGCCCACCUUAGCGGUAACCUAUGAGCCGUCACCUGCACUGAGCUCCAGGGGUACUGAAGCGCCAACAUUGCAAGCAAGUGUGCCUAUUCCCGAGAUCCCACCAGCAGCCAUUAAUGAGCCAUCACCUACACCCAUCUCCACGGCAACCGAUGCACAAAGCUUCGAAGAAAGCGUGUCUACUCAAGAGAGCCCAUCAGCAGGCGUUAAUAAGCCAUCACCUACACUCAGCUCCACGGCCACCGAUGUGCAAGGUUUGCAAGAGAGCGUGCCUACUCCUGAGCGACCACCAGCAGCCAUCACUGAGCCCUCACCUGCACCCAGCUCCAAGGGCACCAAUGCGCAAGGUUUGCAAGAAAGCGUACCUACUCCUGAGAACCCACCAGCAGCCAUCAUUGAGACGUCACCUACAGCCAGCUCCAGGGGUACCGAUGUGCAGGGUUUGCAAGAUAGCGUGCUCACUCCCGAGAGCCCAACCGUGGUGAAGCCGUCCGUUAUUACAAACGCGCAGGCUACAAACGAGACGUCACCAUCAAGCAUGUCUGUGCCAUCAAGCUCUACAAGUGCCCCAUCCACCACGACUGAAAAUCCCCAUGCAGUUACGAUGCAAACCGUCACUGAAACUGUAAAGGAAUUCUCAGGCACAAGAGAACACGCGUCGCCACCUGAUGCAACUGUAGCUACACAAACGUUACCGACUGUGCAUUUACCAAGAAGGCCGCAUGUUACACCGGUGCUCCCUCUAAAGCGACCGCUAUUUCCUGCCCGGCCACCGAGCUUUGCCACCACAGUUGGACACAGAAGGUUACGGCCCUCAGAUCGGGUUAGCACCGAAGGCAACCAGGUCCAGCAAACAACCACUAUGGCACCAGAAACUCAUUCAGACAUAAACAGUGCAAACAUACCCCCCACUAAUGAAAACGAACAACCAAGCCAUCCAGUCAUAGAAACGCCGAAUAUUCAUUUGAGGCGGCCCCACUUUCCGAGGCCCAUAAGUGGUAAUCGCCAUGCCACAUCCAGUGGGAAAGCUCCCGGAAGAGCUUCAGGCAGGCGACGUAAGCCCGGUAGCAGAGGUGGCAAGCGCCGUACCACUACGACACCGUCACCACAAGACACUACAACCGCGGUACCUGUGUUCCUUGAGGAUACCAACGCAGGACCUUCCGGAACGGCACAGUUCGGAGCACGUAUUGGAGCUCGUGUGCCACAGGGCACGCACCAACCUGUGCCAAUGACAGAGCAGCCACCAACAACUUCAGAACCGAUAACCACAGGUAGGGUGCUAAACCGGCCAGCGAAACCUCGCCGCACCAAACGGCCUAAAACACGACCCGUGACAAGACCACCUGGAACCGAAUAUAACGAUGUUCGGUAUGCUUAUAGAGCACCAAAUUUUGCGAGUACUAGAAUCGCUGUCGAUAAGGAAACGGCCUACGAGACGACACACGAAGCUUACAUUACCGACGUUGCCCCCGCUUCUACAACUUAUCGCACGAAGUCGCCUCUUGUUGCCGAAGUGACGCUACCGUCUACAGAAUCGGCUGACAGAAGCGCCAUUUCCACUGUGGAGUACGACGAACCCCUAAGUGAUGAGCCAGAUUCAUCAAACACAGAGGAGCCUGGCCAAGAGGCAUCUCUGCUACCUCACAAUGUCGCAGCGCAAAGCGAGUCAUUGGAGGGGCAGCUAUUACAAAACCAGCACAAUUUAAAUGUUGAUUCGGGUGUUAGCAAGCAAACCGCAGAAGUUACUAGAAUUCCUCAUGUCACAACUGACAGUCUAUUAAGUCCAAACAACGCAGCUACAAUUACCAUUGACAAUGAAGAUUCAGGGGCGCCUGGAACUUCUGGUUCAACCUCUCAGUCAUUUUCCACCUUGUCACCUACAACUUCUUACGGUGCGAAAUUGAACUUGGGGCCCAGUGUUGCGCCAGGGACUUCAGGCGAUGUGGCAAGAGGAGUUAGUCAUGUUGAAUAUAGCGAACCAAUAUUGACCGAUGGUCCGCCAGUUGAAGGUCACAAAGCAGUCACUGAAGGUGCGCAGGCCAUGCCAGUCACUGCAGGGGAAAUCACAAGUCAGUCAGGAAAGGCGGUAACCCAAGCGGGCUUUAGCGGUCCAAGCCUGUCCAGUGGAACGCAAAUCAGUUCCGGUAGUGUCACUGAUUCAUCCGGUGCGGAUGGGAAAUCCUACUUUACUGGCUAUGACCCACAACAUAAAACAAGGGCACCGACACAGGCUCCUACAGAAGGACCAAGAACCUCGAUUACAGACACUUCAGCAGGACAGCCUACGAGCGCACCAACGGCAAAUGAAGAAUUCUUCCCCUUGACUCCCGAGCUCGACAUAUCCAGAAUCACCACCACUACGACGCCGAAGCCAACGCAACCACCGACGACACAGAAGCCGUAUUAUCCGCCUCUUCCAAAUCAGCCAGCUAAUCCAGUGGCCGUAUUUUUGGUCGGCGAGCCCGGGCAGGAACAAGGGAACACCUCGGCUCAGAAAACCGUGCCCGAAACAAAAACUUCUCAAGAUAAAGUUGUUUCUGAGAACUCUAGCAGCGGAGGCCUUCUCCAAGGUCCACAACCAUCCGAAACAUCUAAGAUUUCUGAAGUUCCCCAAUACUCCACGACAAAGAGACCAGAACUGGCCGUUCCUCCGAGUUUCCUUAUUCCAAGUAACCCUCCUCAAUCACAGGCAGCUGUCUAUGGACAGACUAGAAAGCCGGGUCAGUUAACGCAACCAAACCCCGCAGCAGUAGCCACAUAUGCUACAAGUACUGAUUCUCUGGCCGGAACGAGUGUAAACAGAGACCAGCAGAACACUGCCGUGUCUUACAGCGCUCAGACAAGUCGCGCCCCAUACACAACAGUUAGGCCUCAGUCAACAAACACUGGUGCACCUACUUCAGAAACAUCAGUGAGCGGAUUGUCCACCCCUCUACAAGGCAACGCCGCACCCCCUGAAACAAGGCCAAGGCUUCCUCCCUCUGCCUUCUCUCAACACCCAAGCUCUUUUUCAAAUGUUUCUCCUAAUGGUCCUUCGAACACACACACGAUAGGGACAUUGGCAAAGCAGCCAAGCGCUGAAGGUGUUCCGCCGAACACCGGUGUCAGUACCAAGCCGCAAUCUCACCCAUCAGCAUCUACAACGAAGUACCCCAUUUCGUCAACCAAUAGACCUCGCGUACCGCCAUCAUAUGUUCCACAGCCUGCUUUCUUGGAACCUCUAGGCCUCCAAGUUCAACCAUUUAUUGUCAGUCAAGUUCACCCAAAUGCACAAAGUUCACAGCCUCAAAAGCAGACAAGCUAUUUUCAGUCAUUGGGCCUAGAGCUAAGCAAAUAUCAACUUCCUGCGCUUCAGCUACCAGCUGGGCCAACACAGAAUAGAGACACGGCUACCGCAAAGACACAAGCUCAAAGUGUGCAAGGCUCGCGCGUGUCCGCUGGACAAACACAGCAAACUGCCACAUCUGGCGCUGCCACAGGACCCAGCAGGCCCACGUAUAAUGAUGGUGCGCCAAUUAGACCAAACCUAAACCAAGCAAAGCGGCGACCGAAUGUAUCACAAGGGCCCCAGACACAACCGGCAUAUAUACAGUCCUUGGGACUGCAAGUUCCUUAUUUACCGGAAGCGCAAGGUCACACAGUAAGCAAUGCAGCCGCCUCUCCACGCUUGCCUCAGUUAGGAGUACUGGUGCCACAAAUUACUCAGCCUGCUCUCUCCAAGCCUACGGUACCGCAACGCCCGCAGGUCGCAGCUGCAAAGAGCCAACCACAGACACCACAGACAUUUGUUUCUGGCCAGACAGCUGGAAGGAUUCCACUCAGAGGCGCUGGUCAGUAUGUUGUGGGGCAACCUGUCCGUCAAAAUAAACCUGGACCUGGCUCCGCCCCCGCAAGGAUUGUUCCCAGUGUUGCACAAGCACAGAGUUUCGUUGCACCAAAAGCACCACAAGCCAAACCCGGUGCUCGAAGACCGCCUGUUGCCCCCACUCCUUCUCGGGCUAGCAAACCGUCAGAAGCUUCACCAAUCGCUCAGCAGCCUAGGCCAAUCAGCGUUCCUCAAGGGCAGGCUGCUCAGAGGCCACACAUAGGACAGGCCCACACACGUAUAUAUUUCUCUCCACCAGUCCCCACGAAUAAGAAUGGAUUAAAGCAACCUCCGCUGCCGGUUGCUCCUUUCUUCUUGAGCAUUCGACACGAUCAAGUUGUCCAAGAGAAUGGACCUUUCCCUGACGUAGGCAAUAUAUUGUCCUUGAAGCAAACUAUUCCUGACGACAUUGUUUUGCCCGCUCAGAAGGCAUCGCAGCCAACCCGAGUAGCCGUGGCGCCCAAAAAGUCAAAUGCCGCUUCUGAAAGGCCUCUCCAGAUUCCACAAACACCGAGGCCUACGCGCGUUCAAGCACAGAAGGCGACGGUUUCUGCGCCCGUUCCAGCGGCGAAGAAACCUUCCCUUUUCCCGAGCUACGCUCCCCAGUCUCAGCAGCCUGGAAUCGUGAGGCAAAUAAUAUUGAGCCCAGCGACAGGGCCUAUACCUUAUCAGCCAAAAUCUGUCGUACCAGCUAGCCAACCACCUACCCAGCAAGGAACUCAAGGUGUGUACAAAGUCAGCACGUACGUACCAGUCGCGUCAGCUUCCUUGCCAGGAAGGCCAGGCCUGACUGCCACAUCAUACGUACCCACAACGCCAGACGGUCAGGUACUAAGGGUAACGUCCGUUGCAAAGCCAGUGCCUUCCACCGUUAACCAGGCUAACAAAAACGGAGUGCAGGGUGCCGUCGUAAGCGCUGCUAGUUCACCAGGCGUUUCUGGAGAGCAAAAGUCUGUUAGCCCGGCAGCCGCUGCACAGACCUCUACCACGGUUCCUGUUGGCGGCGCUCAAGUUCAGGGCGGGUCCGCUGCAAACGUUCUCCUUCCGCAAGGUCUCGUGCAAGCACCCCAGCAACAGGUCGUGCAAGUAACUUCAUAUACACCACAGGGUAGCCCACAGUUCCAGCAAACACAGCCUACCUACGUACAGCAAGUCCCUGCACAGCAGGCUUACACCAGAGGUCAACAACCCGGUCUCGGAUUACAAGUGCCCGUAUUUUACGCUGCCGGCCCACUGCCGUCGGGACAAGUACAGUACCACCCGAGUGCAGCCGGUCUCAUCAGGCAGUAUUCGCCGCAACAGUUCCAAACCGUGUACGCUGUACCACGAAAUGUGAGGACGUCUGGAGCCAGCGCUUUAAGGGCGUCGCAACCCGUUUACGUGGCCCGUGGAAACCCCGCUUUACAAGCCGCGGUCGCCGGGACAGGAAAGGCGCCGGGCUUCGCACCGAUAGUGUACGCCAGGCCUCCCGUGACACUGGUCGAGAGGAGACCGUACUACGCCUUUCAACAGCCUGUAUAUGUGGCGGCAUCUCCGCAACAGCCAGCUCAAGGCGCGCCUACGCUAACAGGUGCUGGCAACCAGCUUCAGCAACCUCUGACUCUGAGCGUUGGCUAGAAACGCGCUGUUGGUCCUAGGUUAAACCUAUUUAAAGCGUCCUGCUGAGGAUAGUCCUUGGUCCGAAGAGGACCGUGAUCGAGGGCUGCGCAUACAAGUGAAAGAAUUCCGCCAAUGUGGAGUAGCAAGUACGGCUUACUUCAACGACCGUUAGUUUCGGAAGUGACCUGUUUCUCGAAAGAGCGUGACCGUCCAAUGGUCAGUGCCUGGAAAACUGGCUGCCUGGCAUGUUCAAGUCGCGUUUCAAGGCAUGUAUUUAAAUAGAGCUGUGAAAGAAUCCGGAUGCGGUAGCGAAUAAACAUAACUGCACGGCUCAACGUCAAUAGCAGCUUACUAUACAAAAAGAAUGCUGUUGUUGCUGCACUGUGACUUAAAGAUUGUAUUUAUUUGUGUUCAUGUUGGAGAAUGACGGGCUUUUUUGUUUUUGCGAAAGAGGAGAAAGCACUGGCAGCCUGCUUGCCAUGUUUUCACGUUUCGGCAAAGCGAUGGCAUAUAAAAUGAACAGUACUUCUAAGGAAACAAUGUAGAAUAUGCAAGUUGCUUUGGGUUAUUUUACUCACGUUGUAACUCGAAGAUUAUAAUUAUUCGACAUUCUUGGAACGUCAGAAACAUACAGCACAGAGAUGGUAUAUCUGUGCCUCGUGAACAUAUGCUAAGGACCAACCGGAUUUUCAUAUUUUCGGGUCUAGAAACAUCCACAUACGUAAUUUUUUGGGGCGUCAAAUGGAUGUUCAAAGUGCGAUUGCACAAGAUGCGUUGUUCGUUUUGUGUGCCGCCUUGUUACGUAGUUUUUGUAGCAAUCACCUUGUCACAGUGAAUGUGCUUUGUAAUGAAUUUCGCGAACAAUGUUUUGUCUCGUGCACCGUGGAUGUUUUCGAGCACGAGAGUGUUAAUUAUGUGUGAAUGUAGUCAGUGUGUCGUAAUGUAUGGUUGUGAUUCAUGUUACAAAAUAAAGUUGUUU